CCCCUGCUCCCCCGCCCUGGGCCCCGGGGAAACCCCCGCCGAGAAGAGCCCGCCCCCAGAAGCGCGCCGCCGCCGGCCGUCGGGGCCGAGCCGCAGCCGAGCGGCCGUGGGCCCGGGCGGCGGGCGGAGACGCGGGCGCCCUCCCUGCUACGGCCCGCGUGAGGUUAGACUUGUUUCUUAUAUGUGAUGCCAUUCCAGCACUGGACUCAUGGAGGCUGAACAUUUAUUCAGAUAAGGGAAACCGAGGAACCAAGAGAUUAAGUAACUUGCCCAAGAUCACACAGCUUGAGUCCAUAGAGGCUACUGUAUUAUAUCGAAGAAGAUGUCUAACAGUAACACUACUCAAGAGACCCUGGAAAUAAUGAAAGAAUCAGAAAAAAAACUGGUGGAAGAAUCUGUAAACAAAAACAAGUUUGUAUCUAAGACUCCAAGUAAGGAAGAAACUGAGAAAGAGAGUGAAGAUACUAGUUUGCGUCAGGAGACACAGGAUUAUGAGUCCCUUUUGGACAAGAGGCGGACAUCCAGCCAUGGUCAUGCCAGGAAAAGAGCCAAGUCUAAUUCCAAGCUGAAGUUGGUGCGCAGCCUGGCAGUGUGUGAGGAGUCCUCUGUCCCUUUUGCUGAUGGGCCACUGGAAACCCAGGAUAUAAUUCAGUUGCACAUCAGCUGCCCCUCUGACAAAGAGGAAGAAAAAUCCACAAAAGAUGUCUCUGAAAAGGAAGACAAGGAGAAAAACAAAGAAAAGGUCCCAAGGAAGAUGCUUUCUAGAGACUCCAGCCAAGAAUAUACAGACUCCACUGGAAUAGACCUACAUGAAUUUCUUGUAAAUACACUGAAAAAGAACCCAAGGGACAGAAUGAUGCUGCUAAAAUUAGAACAGGAGAUUCUGGAAUUUAUUAAUGACAACAAUAACCAGUUCAAGAAGUUCCCUCAGAUGACCUCAUAUCACCGGAUGCUAUUACACCGGGUAGCUGCCUAUUUUGGGAUGGACCACAAUGUUGAUCAAACUGGAAAAGCUGUCAUCAUCAACAAAACCAGUAACACAAGAAUCCCUGAACAGAGAUUCUCAGAACAUAUAAAGGAUGAGAAGAAUACAGAAUUUCAACAGAGAUUCAUUCUCAAGAGAGAUGAUGCCAGUAUGGACCGAGAUGAUAACCAGAUCAGAGUUCCAUUGCAGGAUGGAAGGAGGAGCAAGUCAAUAGAAGAGAGAGAGGAGGAAUAUCAAAGGGUCCGAGAGAGAAUAUUUGCCCGAGAGACUGGCCAGAACGGAUAUCUAAAUGACAUCAGACUCUCCAAAGAAGCCUUUUCUUCUAGCUCUCACAAGAGAAGGCAGAUUUUUAGGGGGAACCGUGAGGGGCUGAGCCGAACCUCAAGCAGCCGCCAAAGCAGCACAGACAGCGAACUCAAAUCCCUGGAGCCACGGCCUUGGAGCAGCACAGACUCUGACGGCUCUGUCCGGAGCAUGCGGCCCCCUGUCACCAAAGCCAGCAGCUUCAGUGGAAUCUCUAUCCUCACCCGAGGGGACAGCAUCGGGAGCAGUAAAGGUGGCAGUGCAGGAAGGAUCUCCAGGCCAGGUUUGGCGCUAGGUGCCCCAGAAGUGUGCAACCAGGUCACCUCAUCCCAGUCUGUCCGGGGCCUUCUCCCUUGUACUGCCCAGCAGCAGCCGCCACAGCCACAGCCGCAGCAACUUCCUGCGCUCCCACCCACGCCUCAGCAACAGCCACCCUUGAAUAAUCACAUGAUCUCACAGCCAGUCCCAGCUCUGCAGCCCUCUCCGCAGCCUGUUCAGUUCUCUCCAGGCUCCUGUCCCCAAGUCCUUCUGCCAGUCUCUCCGCCCCAGCAGUACAACAUGGCAGAUGACCUCAGCAACCCCUUUGGACAAAUGAGCCUUAGCCGUCAAGGUUCUACUGAAGCAGCUGACCCAUCCUCAGCUCUGUUCCAGCCCCAGCUUAUCUCCCAGCACCCUCAGCAGACUAGCUUCAUCAUGGCUUCUACAGGACAGCCCCUCCCCACGUCCAACUAUUCCCCCUCUAGCCAUGCGCCUCCUACUCAGCAAGUCCUGCCGCCCCAGGGCUACAUGCAGCCCCCUCAACAGAUCCAGGUUUCUUACUAUCCCCCUGGACAGUAUCCUAACUCCAACCAGCAAUAUCGACCUCUCUCUCACCCGGUGGCCUACAGCCCCCAACGUGGUCAACAGCUGCCUCAGCCAUCCCAGCAGCCUGGUUUACAGCCCAUGAUGCCUAACCAGCAGCAGGCGGCUUACCAAGGCAUGAUUGGGGUCCAGCAGCCACAGAACCAGGGCCUGCUCAGCAACCAGAGGAGCAGCAUGGGGGGCCAGAUGCAAGGCCUGGUGGUUCAGUACACUCCACUGCCUUCUUACCAAGUCCCAGUGGGUAAUGACUCGCAGAAUGUGGUCCAGCCGCCUUUCCAGCAGCCCAUGCUGGUCCCUGCGAGCCAAUCUGUGCAAGGGGCCCUCCCAGCAGGGGGCGUACCAGUGUACUACAGCAUGAUCCCACCGGCUCAGCAGAACGGUACUAGCCCUUCUGUAGGGUUUCUGCAGCCUCCCGGCUCUGAGCAGUACCAGAUGCCUCAGUCUCCCUCUCCCUGCAGUCCACCACAGAUGCCACAGCAGUACUCAGGAGUGUCACCUUCUGGACCAGGCGUGGUGGUCAUGCAGCUGAACGUCCCUAAUGGACCCCAGCCCCCCCAGAACCCAUCCAUGGUCCAGUGGAGUCACUGUAAAUAUUACAGCAUGGACCAGCGUGGGCAGAAGCCUGGAGACCUGUACAAUCCUGACAGCAGCCCCCAGGCCAACACACAAAUGAGCAGCAGCCCUGUCACAUCUCCUACCCAGUCUCCAGCACCCUCUCCUGUCACCAGCCUCAGCAAUGUCUGCACAGGACUCAGUCCCCUUCCUGUCCUCACACAGUUCCCCCGGCCUGGGGGUCCAGCACAGGGUGAUGGGCGCUACUCCCUCUUGGGCCAGCCAUUACAGUACAAUCUGUCCAUCUGCCCUCCCUUGCUCCAUGGCCAGUCGACGUACACGGUACAUCAGGGACAGAGUGGAUUGAAGCAUGGAAACCGGAGCAAGAGACAAGCACUCAAAUCUGCCUCCACUGACCUGGGGACAACAGACGUUGUCCUGGGCCGGGUGCUGGAGGUGACAGAUCUCCCUGAGGGCAUCACUCGGACUGAGGCGGACAAACUCUUCACUCAGCUUGCCAUGUCUGGCGCCAAGAUCCAGUGGCUCAAGGAUGCUCAGGGGCUGCCUGGCGGGGGCGGGGGGGACAACGGUGGGACUGCUGAGAAUGGCCGCCACGCGGACCUCGCUGCCUUGUACACCAUCGUGGCUGUGUUUCCCAGCCCCCUGGCUGCCCAGAAUGCCUCCCUUCGCCUCAACAACUCCGUGAGUCGCUUCAAACUUCGAGUGGCCAAAAAGAACUAUGACCUGAGGAUCCUGGAGCGAGCCAGCUCCCAAUAAACGGAGGAGGGGAAGGGACCGGCACAGUAGGGGUGGGGGCAGGGCGGAGGGGGUCGAGGGAUCCUGACAGACUACGGACAGAGGCAGAAAGAAAGGUGACAGACACUGAACUGGAGCCUAAGACAGUGGGGAUGAAGAUGGAAACAGACACUCACACUGGCACUGGACUCCUCGCUCCCCUGCCAUGGGUCCCUUCUUUUUCCCUGGUUGGCCCCCCUUGCUGCCCUCUCCUUCCCAUCCUCUUCUGUCAUUUUUUAUCUCUUCUCCCACCAUGAAAUUAAUUUUUUUCAUAUUUUAUGGUCAGGUAGAACUGGGAGGGUCCCAUGCUCCCCUAUUCGAUCUCCUCUACCAUCCCAAGCUCCCUUUUCAUUUCUGGUCUUUAUGAAUAUAUUUAUAUGGACAGAAUUAAGAAAAGCAAAAUUGAUUUCCCCUUUCUCUCACUUCCCCCAUCUUGUCUCCCCAAACCCCAAAGAGUUAAAACUUGGGCCUCCCCCACCUCCCAGAACACUUGUAUAUUGUUUGAGGUUCGUGCCGCAGUAACAGACAGUAUUUAAUUGCACAUACAGAUGUUUGCUGGGUAUAUUCACUGUAAAUUUUAUUUAAUCUGAUUUUUUGUUUGUUUGGGGGGUUAUUUGGGGGGAGGUUGAUUUUGUUUUUAAAUAUAAAAAAAAAAAUCUGUCACUGGA